AUAAAAAUAUACAUAUCCAAACUAUUUUUUUAUGUUUAUAAAAACGUUAGAAAAUAUGAAAUUUUAGUUUCUAUAUUUUUAUUUACAUAGCUGAUAUAUUAUUAUAUAAUAAAAUUAAUUCAUUUAUUAACCCGCGGUUCGUCCGCGGUCGAUCCAGUGACCCAGCGAUCCGGUAAGUCGUCCGGUUCAGUGUCCGGGUCGGGUUUAAAAACAUUGAUCCAAACUAUUAUUUUAUGUUUUAAAAAAUAUUUAGAAAAUAUUAAAUAAAAUUAAGUUUUCUAAAUGUUUUCUAAAACUUUAGUUUCUAUAUUUUUAUUUACAUGCUGAUAUAUUGUUAUAUAAUAAAAUUAAUUCAUUUAUUAAUCAGUGGUUCAUGCGCGGUCGAUCCAGUGAUCCAAUAACCCGGUAAAUCGUCCGGCUCAGUGUUUGGGUCGGGUUUAAAAACAUUGUCCACAUCUUUUCAUUUCCUGCGUCUACGUAUUUUAUUCCACGCGCCACUCCUUGUAUCUCUUUGUUUACGUUUGAAUACACAUUAGUGUAUGAGUCUUGCCGCGAGGAAUUCGGAGGAAAGCAUGUCCGGCAUAGCCAAGACAUACGUCUUUUCAUGUACGAAUGUAAUAGACGUCUACUCAGAUUCACAUAAAAAUGAAUGUAAGUUUUUCUUUUGGUAAAUAAGAUAGAUGACUGUAAAUUAAUUAAAAGUUUAGGUUUUAGAGUUUCUACAAUCCAAAAAACAUAUGCUUUAUCUGAAAAAGUAAGUUAGUACUCUGAUUUUUUUUUUUUUGGGUCAAAAGUUAGUGCUCUGAUCUGAGUUAGAUUUUAGUGAAUAUUCAUAUUUCAUAGUAGUUAUCUAGGAAGUGAAAUAAUUGGUCAAAGUUUUUAUGAAAGAUUUCCAUUAAUAUUAUUCAUGUAUUAUAUUCCUUCCGUUUCAAAAUGAUACAUGUUUUAGUUUUUCACACAGAUUAAUAAAACAUAUUAAUUUCAAUAUUAAAUGCAUAAUUUUCUGUGAUUAUCUAUUUCUUAUAAUUUUAAACAAAUAAAAUUCAAAAAAUACAAUUAAUUUUUUAGAAGUUUAAAAUUAGUCAUUAUUAAUUGAUAAAAAGUGCACUGGAAAUACAAAAAAAAAUUUCAUUUGAAACAAUUUUUUUUCUAGAAUAUGUAUCUUUUUGAAACAGAGAGAAUAUACAACACUGAGAGCUACACAAAUUUCAUGUAACGUUUAUCUAAUUUUUACUGCAUUUUAGAAUUAUGUCACAAAUCUUUGAUCAGAACCGGUCUUGGGUAAAGUUAGAUGAAACAUUUGCUUAGGGUCUCCAAUUUUUUUUGAAAAAAAUUAAAUAAACAUAAGCCUCCAAAUUUUUUUUAAAGGCCCAAAAAAAUUUUUAAAUUUUUUUUCAGUGAAAUUUUUACAAAAAUUGCCUAAAUCCCCCAAAAUCUCAGGAUCGACCCUGUUUUUAACAACUAAUCAAACGAUAGCUUAUUCAGCUUAUGACACACCAAUUAUUUGCAAAGUGUUAACUUUUUCACACUUGUAGUAAAAAAAGUGAAAUGUAAUAUCUGAAUAGAGUUUGGACAACUAAUCAAACGAUAGCUUAUUCAGCUUAUGACACACCAAUUAUUUGCAAAGUGUUAACUUUUUCACACUUAUAGUAAAAAAGUGAAAUGAAUAUCUGAAUAGAGUUUGGACAAGAAAAAGUCUAGUUAGUAAAAUUAGAGACCAGAUCGUGUAACCAUGCCGUUAGGAGACACGACACGACACAACGUGGGAAUAAAGCAUAAAAAAACAACAGAAUGAAGUUACGAAAAUUAAAUGCUCGGCAGAGGACGGCACCGUCCCGAUAACAUUCACAACCGUAAGCCUCCCAUGACCGGCGUUUACCGGUGACCAGUGCUUUUCUCCUUUUUAUUAAAAUUGCCUUUAUUUAAUAUUCUUGCCCGCGUAAAUGAAAAGGACAUUUAUAAUAAUUAAAAAAAAAAUGGAAAACCUCCUAAAUCCAAGCUGUUUUCCAGAUAAACCCAAACUCCACAAAAGUUAUAUUCACACCUCUCUUUUCUCUUCUCAUCUCAAAUCACAACAAACUAUUACAAAAUACAAAAACAUUUCAUCAAAUCAACCAAGAAAGCUAAAGAAAAGUUCUCCUCUCUCUUCCUCAUAAAGUCUCAGAAGAUUGACAAAGAUGAUGAUAUUUCUAUAAAGUAUAUCUCUUAUAUAUUCUAUCUUUUCUAUUACAUGGAGAAGAAGAUUAAAGAGGAUCAUCAUCAAGAACUACAAAAAGAGGAGCCCAACAGCACCAAGAACACAGAGACAACAACAUCAUCAUCAACACACAUGAUGAAUCUUAUUACAACAUCAGAUCAUCAUCAGAUGGAGCUAGCUGGGAACAACAUGAAUCUCUCUAGCAGCUUCGAUAUUCCAAUAUCUUCACCUUUUGCUUAUUCUUAUUUCGAAGAUCACUCCUCUAAUAACCCCAACUCUUUCCUUGACUUGCUCCGACAAGACCAACAUCAGUUUGCUUCCUCCUCUAACUCAUCUUCUUUUUCAUUCAAUGCCUUUCCUCUCCAAAACAACACCAACCACAUUUUUACGGAUUUACCCUUGUCUCAACCUGUAACAACAAAGGAUGAGUCCUCAGAAGUUGUGAGCACAACACCGACAUCUCCAAACGCAACCUCAUUCUCCUCUUCAUCUAACGAAGCUGCUAAUGAUAAUAUAAAUAAAGAGGUUACUGUUAAAGACCAAGAAGAUGGAGAUCAACAUGGGCCAAAGGGUACUAAGCCACAGUUGAAGGCGAAGAAGAAGCAACAAAAGAAGGCAAGAGAGGCUAGGUUUGCGUUUCUGACGAAGAGUGAUAUUGAUAAUCUUGACGAUGGUUAUAGGUGGAGAAAGUACGGCCAGAAAGCUGUCAAAAACAGUCCUUAUCCCAGAAGCUAUUACCGCUGCACCACAGUGGGUUGUGGAGUGAAGAAGAGAGUGGAGAGAUCCUCCGAUGAUCCUUCUAUCGUCAUGACAACUUACGAAGGUCAACAUACUCAUGCUUUCCCCAUGACGCCACGUGGACACAUCGGAAUGCUUACGUCACCAAUCCUCGACCACGGUGCAACCACCGCGUCAUCAUCAUCGUCAUUCUCUAUCCCUCAGCCACGCUACUUGCUAUCUCAGCAUCAUCAACCUUACAACAUCAUGUACAACAACAACUCUCUAAGCAUGAUCAAUAGAAGCUCCUCCUCUGAUGGCAGUUUCGUAAAUCCAGGGUCAUCAUCAUUCCAUGGAUUUGGUUGUGAUAUGUCACAAGCUUCGACGUCAACUACUGCUGCCAUUAGAGAUCAUGGAUUACUUCAAGAUAUUCUUACUUCGAAGAUCAGAUCGGAUACUAUUAACACUCGAACCAAUGAAGAGGACAAUAAAUGAACAACUAUUUUCCCCGGGGUACUUUUUUUUUCUGGCCGGGACCGGUUGAUUUAUGAGGAGUUUUUGACCGGUUUAGAUAAUUAAGCCGAUAUUGCUAGCUGGUUUUUUAAUGUGUUUUUUCAUCAAUAUUUAGCAUCGUUUUCUUUUUCGGAAUCACUAUUAACAAAUAAACGAUGCUAACUAGGAAGUAGGAACAGAGGUUUGUAGCAUAUGUGAUAUAGAUGUAACUUCAUUUUUGUUUGAGCAUUAAUAAAGUGUUUUCUCCCA